ACCAAAGAUAACAACUUCCGACCCAAAACACACACACACACACACAUAUGUCGGAAGCAAUUCCAUUUUCUCCGGCAACCACCCUGUUCUCCACCACAUCCAACUCCAUACCCCACCUCUCCCCCUCCCACCUCCGCCCCUUCCUCCGCCAUGAUACCCAACCACACACCACCGGAAAACCCAUCUCCUCCCUCUCCUGUCAAGCCGUUGCCGGAGGAGCCACCCCGACACCCUCCACCACCCCAGUUAAGAAAAAGAACAGAUACGAAAUGGAAAACUUAACAACAUGGCUGUUAAAGCAAGAACAAGCCGGUCACAUCGAUGCCGAACUCACCAUAGUUCUAUCAAGCAUUUCAUUAGCUUGCAAGCAAAUUGCAUCCUUGUUACAAAGAUCCAGCAUUAUUAACAUUACUGGAGCUCAAGGAACCAUGAACAUCCAGGGAGAAGAUCAGAAGAAACUUGAUGUUAUCUCCAAUGAGUUGUUCUGCAACUGCUUGAGAUCAACGGGGAGAACCGGGAUCAUAGCGUCCGAGGAAGAAGACGUGCCUGUAGCGGUGGAAGAAACCGAUUCGGGUAACUACAUUGUAGUGUUUGACCCGAUUGAUGGAUCGGCUAAUAUCGACAUUGCCUUAACCACGGGUUCUAUAUUUGGGAUAUACGCGCCUGAUGAACAAUGCCUUGUCGAUUUUGAUGAAGACACUUUAGAUGAGGCUAAAGAGAAGUGUAUUGUGAGCGUUUGCCAGCCCGGUAACAACUUAUUGGCAGCAGGAUACUGCUUAUAUUCAAGCUCGGUGGUGUUCACGAUAUCGAUUGGGAACGGGGUUCAUGGAUUCACACUUGAUCCGGCGUACGGAGAAUUUGUUCUAACGCACGGGGACAUCAAGAUACCGAAAUCGGGAAGAAUUUACUCUUUUAACGAAGGGAAUUUCGAUCUUUUUGAUCCUAAGUUGCAGAAUUACCUGAAGCAUUUGAGGAAGCCUGGUGGGCCUGCUGGAAAACCGUAUUCUGGGCGGUACAUAGGGUGUCUUGUUGGUGAAAUUCACAGAAUGUUGCUUUAUGGUGGCAUCUAUGGGAACCCGGAUAACGUAAAGGCGAAAAAUGGGAAUUUGAGGUUAUUGUAUGAAUGUGCACCGAUGAGUUAUUUGGUAGAACAAGCUGGAGGGAAAGCUAUAGAUGGUGUUCAAAGGAUUCUUGAUAUUGAACCUAAACAGGUUCAUCAGCGGACUCCAAUAUUCAUAGGAAGCCCGGAUGAAAUCGAUAAGCUAAUGACAUACCUGGUUUGAAAUUUGUACAUAAUUCUUUCCGAUCAUGAAGUUUGUUGAACUUGAGUAUUGGUCAUGUAUGUCAAGUCAAUUUUGUUUGUUAUAUGAAGUUGGUCAAACAAACAACAAA